AUGAGCUUGAUGUUAUUUUCGGCCGUUUCACCACAACGAGCGUUGUCGUUGUCGGGCGCGGGUGCACGCAUCGUCCCUCUAGUGCUGCAACCAAUUUCGCUGAGUGUUGUUAAAACCGCUGCCACGUGGGAACACUGGGUAGAAAGACGCGACCGUGCUCAGUCUUUGUCAGGUGCUGAAGACAGCAGAACUCCCAACGCAGAAGCAUGGACCACUAACACGCCUAAGAUACAAGGAGCGCAACUGCUCGCGGGUGGCACGCAAGAACGGGCAAAAGAUGAAAGGCGAUGGUUGCUACACAGCCGACGUGAUGUACAGCCACCAAUUCUGGCCGUUAGACCCAUCUUCCUCCAACAGCCACAACGGCCAUCAGCGACUAGUUCGGUUUCGAGCGAGUGGACUGACUUGUCAUCGAUGACUAUCCCUCACGUUUGCCUACUGGUGGGCCACGUGCCACCUCUGCCGAAGAGUACCUGCCGUCAACUUUCUUGCUGCUAAAGUACGCUCUAUGGCGUGUUAACAAAUCUGAACUCCCGAAAUAGUGAGACGAAGGGGAUAUUCCGUGGUAGGCAACCGCAUCCCGCCCUCUCCUGAAAUCUACCGUAUGCUGCACUGUCAGUCGUUCUCGUGCAGCAGAUAAAUUGUCUUCAGGUGACAAACGGGUCUUCAUCUCAUGUUGCGCGAGUGUUUGUGACAACACGGAAUCAAGAUGAAGCCUCACAGAUAACAUUGUGGGUCCAGAAAUUUUCCCCUGUUGUCAGGGGCUAUGCGAGACGGUUACAUGAUGAGAAUGCUCUGUCCAAGGGAGAAUUACGACUCCUGACAUCCGUCGUC